AUGACGAGGCCGGAGCUUCGAGAACUGUGCAAGAAGCAUCAAAUUUCUGCUAACAUUAAAACUUAUGAAAUGGUGACUAGGCUUUCAAAACUUUCUAAUGAAAAUCUUCACUUAGACUAUAAAGGAACUGCAAGUAGUAAUCGUGGUAGAACACGUAAGUCAAUUGCUAGAAGUUGUUCUCUUGAUGACACUGGCAUCAGUAGGAGGGUUACUAGAAGCUCUACCAGGAGAGCUGGAAGUGAAGGCAUCGAAAAAGGGACCAUAAAUGUUCCAAGUCAUCUUAGAAAUCAUAUUGUUUCUAAGAUUGGGAAUGGUGAGAAGACUUCAGUUUGGCAUGAUUUGUGGCAUCCUAGUGGUUUCCUAAUAUCUGCUUGUAUAAUGUUGUUGGUGGUAGCAGAAUGGGGCAGGAUAAGUUGUUAUGGAAGGACUGCAAAGGUAAUGAGAUUGGCUGAUAAUCCUUGGUUGAGCUGGGGUUGGUUUUAUCCUUUUUGUAGGAAGUGGAGUUUCCAAUGGCUUUGGAUUAGUUUUGCACUAUUGGAGCAAGUGAUGAAUCUGACAGCUGGGCAGUUAAGCUCUUUGCCUCCAGACCAACAGCAACAAAGGUUGUGUUCAGAUACAAUCGAUGAUCAUUCCGAAAUCCGUUUUUUUUGCAUUAACCCCAAGCCAAAACUUUCAAUAGGUCAGAAUGUGCCCGAAAAAGGUGUCAUCACAAUGGAAAGCGAUCAAUCAACACAACACGUACUGAGAAGAGCAAAAUGUGAGUAUGAUGAAGAGGAAACCAUUCCCGCGACACAAGGAAUAGAAAUUGGGGGCGACGAGUACAUUGAAAAGAGAGCAGGGGUUCGUUGCAAUGAAACAUUUCACAAUCUUCGUAUGGAUUUGGUGGAACACAUUUACGGGAUGCAACACAUUAACCUCAAUUUGGAUCCGGAGGAGGACCCGGAAGACGAGUUCUCGGAGGACGACUUCAUGUAG